UUAACCUGGACAGCUGUGAUUGGCAGAUCUUAAGCCAAUCAGAUGCUUCUGCUCCGAGCCUUCCGUACAUUGGCACAUUCACAUAGAGGACAGCACACACAUAGCGGAACACGGGCCAGGUUCCUAUCUGAUCAGUUUGGUGGAGUCCCUUUCCCUAACGACCCUCAGCAUCUGCCCGCUAACAUCUGUGUACCUGAGGAUCUGCCGCCCCCCCCCCCUCCCCAGAUGUAGAGGGAGUUGUCAUCUGCAGCAGCCGUGUACACAACCCUAGUGCUGUCCCGUGAAGUCGCCGACCAUGCGUGAGUACAAGCUCGUGGUGCUGGGAUCAGGUGGCGUGGGAAAAUCUGCACUGACAGUCCAAUUUGUGCAAGGCAUUUUUGUGGAGAAGUACGACCCCACAAUCGAAGACUCCUACAGAAAGCAAGUCGAGGUCGACGGGCAGCAAUGUAUGCUGGAGAUCCUCGACACGGCUGGAACAGAGCAGUUCACGGCCAUGAGGGACCUGUACAUGAAGAAUGGCCAAGGCUUCGCUCUGGUGUACUCCAUUACAGCGCAGUCGACGUUCAAUGACCUUCAGGACCUCCGGGAACAGAUCCUGCGAGUAAAGGACACCGAGGACGUUCCGAUGAUCCUGGUGGGAAACAAAUGUGACUUGGAGGAUGAGCGUGUGGUUGGAAAGGAGCAGGGUCAGAACCUGGCCCGUCAGUGGAACAACUGUGCCUUUUUAGAGUCCUCAGCUAAAUCAAAGAUCAAUGUUAAUGAGAUUUUCUAUGAUCUGGUGAGACAGAUCAACAGAAAAACGCCGAUGGAGAAGAAGACAAAAAAGAAGUCUGGUUGCACACUGCUCUAAACUGUCCUCCCACAGCAGCUCCAGGCCAGAAACGUGUCACGAUAAACUGUUUCCCAGUGGAUCGUGUCAGCGUUCCAAGUCCUCUGCAGGGCAAUUUAGAAGAAGGCAGAAAGAGAUACUUCACUGAUCGCAAAAUGGCGGGAGACGGCACAUACUCUCAAGAUGCUCUUCUCUGCUUUUUAACAGCGAAGAAAUCCACUUUUUUUUCUCUUAUCAUCAGCCUGAUGACAACUCGGUUUUUGUUUUAUUUGCUGUUCUUUCUUCUCCACAGUGUCUUUAAUUAUUUGUAAAAGAAGAUACCAUCGUUUUAAAUCCAUAUGUGUAAACUAAAAUGUUUUAAAAGUAACAUCAAUCUUUGGCAUAGUGUGACAAUAUGUUUGCAAAAGGAAACCUUGUGAAAUGUUGCACCAUAGUCCAUACGUCGCUCCUACUUUCAAAGAUGUGCAUUGAUGGGAUAACAUCUUUCCUAAGUGACUUUGUUUUUUAUUGAGAGCUGCAGGCCUUUCAUAUUUCCCAUAAUAUAUUCUACUUCCAUUUUUGCAUAAUACAGCUAAGGAAAUUAGUAUUUUAUAGACUGAUGGGGGGGAAUUUAUGUGUUCUGAUCUGUGUCUUGAGGGUGAAAAUAUAUUAUACUAAACCGACUCUAAUAUUGCUGUCACAGAUGCUUUUCCAGCUUUUAUGAAUGAUUAAAUUUUAGUACAUUUUCA